UCAGAGUUCACUGGGCAACUUAAAAAUAGUAAUACUAUAGCAUCCUCAAGUUCGUCCGAGAUGUCAGUUGAUAUGAAUGUUUUGGAUUUUGAUCCUUCUAAAAUUAAUUGGAAUGGAUCAAAAGCUCCUUAUCGUUUCCUAGUUGAUACUUUUGUUGCUAUUGAGAAAACGACAAGCCGACUUAAGAUUAUAGAAAUCUUGACAAAUGCGUUACGUACUAUUAUUUAUCAUGAUCCUGAAAGUGUUCUACCUACUGUUUGGCUUUCUUCGAAUGCCAUAGCACCCUCAUAUGAAGGAAUAGAACUUGGGAUUGGUUCACAAGUUUUAUCAAAAGCUAUAACAUCUGUGUCUGGAGCAUCUUCAAAGGCAUUGAAACAGUACUACGAUAAAUAUGGAGAUUGGGGGGAUGUAGCUUAUACGGCAAAAGUUUCUGUUCGAACUUUAAUGGAACCUAAACCAUUGACUAUUGGUAAAGUGUAUAACACUCUCUAUUCCAUUUCAAAAUUAAAAGGAUCUGGCGUAGUAGAUCAAAAGACUGAUUUAGUAAAAAAAUUACUAAUUUCUUGUAAGGGGGAAGAAAUUAGGUAUCUUACAAGAACAUUAGUACAAAAUCUUAGGAUCGGGGCUGUGAAAACUACUUGUUUAAUCGCCCUCGCACAUGCAUUUUGUCUUACAAGGCCAACAAAUAUGAUAGUAAGUGAGCCUUUAGAUGAUAAAAAUCGUCUGUUUGUUGAAGUUAAUAAAGAAUCAAGAGAUUCCUUGAAUGCUAAAUUAAAAGCAGCUGAAAAAUUAGUGAAAGAAUGUUACGCACAAUUUCCUAAUUAUAAUGGCAUUGUUGAAUGUCUAUUGGAACAUCCAAUAGAAAAGUUACUGGAUUUCUGUCAUUUAAGAGUCGGUGUGCCUUUGAGACCGAUGUUAGGUGAAAUUAUACGAGAUUUAGGACAAGUUUUUGAAAAUUUUGAAGGAAGAUUAUUCAAUUGUGAGUAUAAGUAUGAUGGGCAACGUGCACAAAUUCACAUGGAUGCUAACGAAAAAGUUACUAUAUUUAGUCGUAAUUUAGAGAAUAUGACUGAGAGAUUCCCUGAUGUGGUCGAGUUAAUUCCUCAAAUUUGUUUGAAUAAUGUCAAUUCCUUUAUUAUGGAUUGUGAAAUUGUAGCUAUUGAUUCCGAGGGAAUAAUACAAAAUUUUCAAACGCUAACUAAUCGAUCAAGGAAAAAUGUUAAGUUAUCAUCAAUCACCAUACCUAUUUGUAUUUUUGCUUUUGAUUUGAUGUAUUUAAAUGGCGAGUCGCUUUUGAAAAGGUCAUUAAGAGAGAGACGUGAACUUUUGAGGACUAAAUUUACCGAAAUCAAAAAUAGAUUUACAUACGUUAAUCAUAUUGAAUCAUCGGAUCCAGAAGAAAUUCAUUUAUUUUUCAAAGAAUCGAUAGAAUUUGGAUGUGAAGGUAUAAUGAUUAAAGUUUUAGACGAUUCACCAAAAAAUUUAGAAAACAAAACACGAAUGAAUUUAUUGGCUAGCUAUGAACCUGAUAAAAGAAUCAAAAGCUGGUUAAAAGUAAAAAAGGAUUAUAUUGAUGGUAUUGGAGACAGCUUGGAUGUUGUGCCAAUUGCUGCAUGGUACGGAAAUGGCAGAAAAGCCGGAUGGUGGAGUCCAAUUUUAUUAGCGAUUUAUAAUCCUAAUACAGAGACAUUUGAAAGUGUUUGUAAAUGUAUGUCAGGAUUUAGUGAUGAAUUCUAUAAGGAAUUAAAAUCAAGAUAUUCUCUGGAAAGUGGCAAUAUAUCACAAUAUAAAAAAUGGUAUUUUGAUGUUGAUGAUAGCCUUAGACCAGAUGCUUGGUUCGAACCAAGUGAAGUUUGGGAAAUUAAAGGCGCGGAUAUUACAAUAUCACCAGUUUAUAAAGCUGCUAUUGGCAAAGUGGAUCAAAACAAAGGACUUUCUCUAAGAGCUCCUAGAUUUAUAAGAGUUAGAGAGGACAAGAAUAUUAUAGAUGCAACCACUAGCGAAAAACUAGUAGAAUUAUUCUAUAAACAGGUCAAGGAAAGAAAAGUUGAAGAGAUAAUUGAAGAAAAUGAAGACAUGUAAUACUAGUUAAUUUUAAUAAUAGGUAUAAUAUAAGUUAAAUUUUGGACAGAAUAAAUUAUUGGUUUAUACUUAGAAUAUUUGCCAAUUCAAAACUGAAUUUCGAACUAAGUUUAGUCUAGGUCUGAACUAUUAUAAAUAUCAAAUCAUUAGUUAAAUAUUGUCACGUCAAAAGAAUUUAAUAAAACUGGAAGAAGUAGGGUACAUGGAAAAGCGAGGAUAUAUACUGUACACCAGAUAUACCCAAAAGUAAAAAAUUUUUAAAAAAUAAAGUAUUAAACGGUAAAAUAGGUAAAGCAGUUGAAACUUGAAAGUUUUUUUUUGUAGCAAUACGAAAUAUAUCUCAUAAAAGAUGAAUUCAAAGUCUAAGUUUUUAAAAAUUCAUU